UAUCAUUCAUUGCUCCAUUUUAUAGAAUACUGUGAGUCAGUAAAGUUUGUAGGACAAUGCAAAUGCAAGUGUCGCGUUACUUUAUUGUGCGAAAUUAUAAGAAAUGGCGGUGAGAUAUUGUGUAUUGUUGUUUGUUUUGGGGUGUGUUGAUGCGGAACUGUGUCCGAAACAGUGCGACUGCGAUUCGGACAAUGGAUUGAAUCGUGCGACAUGUGUGGAUCAAAAUAUUAUCAGUAUAGAAAUGGGGGUGCCCAAAGGAGUGCAAGUGUACGUUUUGAGCCAUAAUGCUAUAACAGAACUGGAUAACUUUUGCUUCAAAGCAAUAGGCUACACGUCAUUGCAAGCACUCGACCUUUCCUACAACUUAAUAUUUUGGAUCGGCUUGCACGCUUUCUCUGGCUUAGAUAACUUAGUCCACUUAGACCUUAGCAAUAAUAGGCUACGAUAUAUACCAUCGGACCUCUUCUGGGACACUCCGCUGUUGGACAGCCUGGACUUGUCUGGAAACAUAUUCGAGGACAUCAAGAACGAACCUCUUAUUAUGCACCAAAAACUGCAAAUACUGAAUUUGAAUGGUUGUCGUAUAAAGAGUCUUCCCGACAGACUUUUUAACAGGCUGCCAAACUUGAAAAAGUUGGACUUGAGUGAAAAUUACGUGAUGUCCCUAUCCCUGGACGUGUUGCGACCGCUGCGAAAGUUGAAUAGAUUGGAGUUCAGGAACGACAACAUAAAGUGUACACCAGAUUUUGUCGCCGUUGAAACUUGGAUCGUUUCCCGCGAAAUCACUUAUACUAAACAAUGCAAGAAAAAAAUGGCGAAAAUGUCCGAGAAAAUGGUUUCCGUGGUGGUUGAAAAGGAGGCUGUGGACGUCAACGACGUAUGGAACAUAACAGAAGCGAAGACCACAUUACCACCCGAGCUUCCAGAAAAGCCUCUAACUUCUUUCGAGAAGUUCGACGAAGACUUUUCAGCGUUUCAGGCGUUUAUCAUCGGUCUCGAGCUGGGGUUGGCGAUAGGCGUGGUGGGGACGUACAUUUGGUUGCGGAAGUUCUGCAAGUGCGGGCAGUUGGUCUGCACGCGGCCGGAGAGGCGGCGGCAGGGACGGAGGACGCGGCGGACGGAGGGGUCGGAUAUGAGGGCUAACUUGUUGUGGAGCACCGUGAUCAACCCCGAGCUGGAGACGCCGCCGCCGCUGCGGAGGGAGCUGUCGCUGCCGGAGCGGGUGGCGGUGUUCCCGCCGUACGGGCUGCCGGCCGCGCGCGAGGCGGCGCUGCGGCCGGACGCCGUGCGGCUGCCGGACCGGGCGGAGACGCCGCCGCCGCCCUAUCACGAGUGCCGGAUAAAUAUUUAAGUGUUAUCUGACCGGAACACUCUUUCAUUGUGAUAUUUUGAAUUUAAUUAAGGUAUAAUAUUUUAGGGAUCGUGGCAAGUGGAAAGAUGAAGUCUCUGGCUACACUCUCCGUAAAAAGGGCGCGAUUUUAUGUAUAUGUAAAACAUUAUUCUCUAGAAUUUUAUACAAAAAAAUAGCGUUUUUAAGUUAAUUUCAGAAGAUAGAUGUACAAAUUAAAAAUAAGUCUUCAACAUAAA